GGGCGCGAGCGCGCCCACUCUGUGCCAGGGAGAAGGGGAGUGUCCCCAGCCGCGCUCCGCCUCGCAGUGGGUGUGCGCGCGCACGUGUGGGAGCCUGUCCGGUAACGUGUGUCCAGCGACAAAACCCCCCAAAACAACAAAAACAAACACCGACAGUAUGACCGCCGAGAGGCAACCGGACGGGGAGGAGGACGACGAGAAAGAGGCCAGCAGUGGAACGGACACUCAUAACAGCACGGACAGUCAAAUACUUCUAAACCAGUUGAAGGAGAUUACAGGGAUUCAGGAUGCUGCCUUCCUACACGAAGCACUUAAAGCCAGCAAUAACGACAUCACUCGGGCAGUUGGCUUUCUAACAGAUGAAUGUGCCAAAGAGCCUGACUCCAGAGAGCCGGCAGCUGAACCGUCUGCCACCGGCGGGAGCGCCGCAGACCACCAAGUAAUCUCUGGUGUGGACAACCUCAUGCAUGAUAAGGAAGCUCUGGAGACGGCAAUCGCUCUCAGCUUGCAGGAGGCCACAACUCAUCCGCCGGAUGGGGAUGAUGCUAGCAGGACUCAUGAGCCCCAAAGCAAUGAGAGUAAAAGCCGCCCAAAAAGGAAACGCUGUGAGGUUUGGGGAAAUCCGCCCAACCCUAACGACUUGCGAAGAGUUGACGACUGGCCCGUAGGACUAAAAAACAUUGGUAACACCUGCUGGUUUAGUGCAGUGAUACAGUCGCUCUUCCACCUGCCGGAAUUCCGAAGGCUUGUAUACAGCUACAGUAUUCCUCGUGGCGUCCUGGAAAACUGCCGAUAUCGCAGUGAGAAGAGGAACAUCGCUUUCAUGCAUGAACUCCAGUUUCUUUUUGCCUUAAUGAUCGGAUCUAAUCGAAAGUUUGUUGACCCGUUUCCGGCGCUGCGACUGUUGAAAGAUGCGUUUCUAUCCGAAGAAGCACAACAGCAAGAUGUCAGCGAGUUUACGCACAAGCUCCUGGACUGGCUGGAAGAUGCUUUCCAACUGGCAGUGAGUGGAGAUAGCCAAAGGGACAAAUCUGAGAACCCAAUGGUGCAACUCUUUUAUGGCACGUUUCUCAGCGAGGGAUAUGUCGAAGCAGAUAGAACGUUCUCCAACAUUGAGACUUUUGGCCAGUACCCCCUUCAGGUGAACGGUUUUAAUAACCUGAACCAAUGCCUGGAAGGCGCUAUGGUGGAGGGAGAAAUCGAAAAUGUUCAGACUGGCCAUUCAAUGAAGUACAGACAAGAGCGCUGGUUUACAAAACUUCCUCCCGUUCUGACCUUUGAGCUUUCCCGAUUUGAAUAUAAUCAGUCUUUGGGGCAACCAGAAAAGAUCCACAACAAACUUGAAUUUCCUGAGAUUAUUUACAUGGACAGGUACCUGUACAAAAACAAAGAGCUCAUGAGGAAAAAGAGAGAGGAAUCCCAAAAAUUGAAAGAACACAUUGAUUACUUGUACCAGAAGCUCGAAAGGUACAUGAAGUAUGGCACUGGCCCUCACCGAUGUCCUCUCCCUGAUAUGCUGCACUACGUACUUGAAUUUGCCAGCACUAAGGCUCCCAAUAGAUGUCCCCCUGCAGACAGAACAAGGACCUCACUACUUGAAACCGAGGACUCGCGUACCUCAUAUGACCGACCUUUAGAGAAUGGUUACGCGCAUAGUGAUCUUUCAAGCGAGGAAGGGUCGCUCGUUAUCAACCUGGAAGUAGAAAGCACCUCUCCAAGUCCUACUUCAGAGCUGCUGUCUGAAGAAAAGUGUAGAAGCCUUCCGGAAUAUCCAGCUCCCCGGACAACUACAGCGAGCGAGCUGCAGUCUGUGGAAGCCUGUCUUCAGAGAUGGAGGACAGAGGUGGAACAAGACAUACAAGACUUGAAGAAUUCUAUUGCCAAUAUUUCAAAGGAAAUUGAAGAGAUUUACUCUGAUCCUCACCUGUCUCAGGUUCCGUACAGACUCCAUGCAGUGCUGGUUCACGAAGGCCAGGCUAAUGCUGGCCACUAUUGGGCCUAUAUCUACAGCCACAACAGAGGUUGUUGGAUGAAGUAUAAUGAUAUAUCUGUGACAGAAUCCACCUGGGAGGAGCUGGAGAAAGAUUCCUACGGAGGGAUGAAAAAUGCCAGUGCUUACUGCCUCAUGUAUAUAAAUAAUAAGCUGCCGUACCUUAUUGCUGAUAAUGAAUGUGGACAGCCGGAGGAUCAUGUUGAACGUCUUCCUCCUGUCCUGAAACAUUAUGUGAGCGAGGACAACCAAAGGUUUGAGCAUGAAGUGGAGGAAUGGGAGGAAGCUCAUUCCUGCAAGAUCCCCCAGAUGGAGCCCGUGGCAGCCACGGAGCCCGAGGAGCUGUCUGUCCGGUGUGAGGUGUCCGCACCAAGCCAUGAAGAAGGUGCCAGGACUUUAUCAUCAGAACAUGCCAUGAUCAACAAAGACCAAACUGCCCUGGCCAUCACCAAAACUGCUGAAUCGUAUGAAAGAGAUGGCGUAGAGGCAGCUUUGAAAGAGCCAACACAACCAGAGCCAGACGAGGCCAGCGAUCCGGAAGCCAGCCCCAAGGGGCAGGAGGCCGUGGCGGAGCAACAGCCCAGCUCUCGGCUUUCUGAAGUGGAAAUCCCCAGUGUGGGAAAGAUACUCGUUAGAUCCGAUUCCGAUGGCUAUAACGAGGAGGUGAUGCUCUGCCCUGCAAUGCAAGGCGUUAUAUUGGCAAUUCUCAAAGCCCGUCCUGUCUUUGACCGAGAUGGGCCUGAAGCAGGGCUGGUAAAGGCAUUCCACGAAGAAUAUUCCCGCCUCUUACAGCUUUCAAAAGAAAGUCCGUCUCCAUCUAGUGACCCUCGUCUGCAGCACGUCCUGGUGUACUUCUUUCAAAACAAGGCCCCGGAGCGGGUGCUCGAACGGACGCUCUUAGAACAGUUUGCUGACAAAAAUCUCAGCUACGAUGAAAGAUCAAUAAGUAUCAUGAAGGUGGCGCGAGCAAAACUGAAGGAGAUUGGGCCAAAUGAUAUGGAUAUGAAAGAAUAUGAGAAGUGGCAUGAAGACUACAGCCUGUUUCGGAAGGUGUCGGUGUAUCUCCUGACUGGAUUGGAGCUCUACCAGAACGGAAAGUGUCAGGAAGCCCUGACGUAUCUCGUGUAUGCCCAUCAGUGUAACAACACUCUGCUGAGUUCAGGAGACAGCCGCGGAGUAGAAAACAGACUCAUUGAGUUAUACAGAAGAAAAUGCCUUCUCGAACUGAAUGAAAUGGCUGCUAGACUUUUUGAGAGUGGCCAAGAGGCGCAAGUGUCUGAAGGCGUUGGUAUUAUGAAUGAUCUGAUCAUCCCGUGUAUGCACCUUAUCUUCAAUAACGAAAUCUCAGAGGAAGACUUGUCUGCUAUUGAAGACAUGAGAAGUCGCUGGUGCUCCUACCUGGGUCAAGAUAUAGACGAGAGUCUACAACUGAAACUUGGACAAUUUCUUCCUCGGCUCCUGGACUGCUCCAGUGAAAUCAUUGUGUUAAAGGAGCCGCCAAAGAUCCGGCCGCACUCUCCGUACGAUCUGUGCAAUCGCUUCACAGCCGUCAUGGAGUCCAUACAGGGAGCUUCUACCGUCACAGUGACGUAGGAGCAGGGCAUUUCCAUCUUCACUUCCGGAUCAAAAUAACUACCUUAAAGUGCCAGAAUAAGGUCAAUAUAAGCCGUUGCCACUCUGCUCGUAAUAAGAAUGUUUAUAUUUUAUUUUUUUAAUCUAAAGCCACAAGUUAAAGCAAGAAUAAAGCUU